UGGGCGACAAUUUUUUACACUAGCUCGAGAGAUAAGGUGGUGUACUAAAGGCGCUUGUGGUGAGGCAUGAGGACAGUCUUUGGAAGGUCGGACCUCGCACCAUGACAACUGCGGCACUCCUCCUUCCCCUCCUGGCUCUUGGUGGGCUGGCGGAGGGCGCUGUGACAAAACCCAGGAAUGUUGUGGAGACACUUCACUUAGACAACGGGCUUGACCGAGGCGUGUGGGGCCCCAUUGCUAUGUGCUCCCCGAACUCCUACGUCUUCGCCUUCGAGAUCAAAUACUCUGGUUUGGGUUACGUGGAUGAUACCAGUGUGAAUGCUAUUAGACUCUACUGCCAGACUCCUGAAGGUUCGCUCACCGAUCUGAUCACCAGCUCUGAGGGGAUGUAUGGACAGUGGAGGGGCAUGAGGGCGUGUAGUGGCUCUGAAGUUAUGACGGGCAUGCGGGCCAACGUGGUGCCUGAAAUGGGGCCGCUUGGUGACGACUUGGGAAUGGAUAACCUACAAAUGAGGUGCUCUGGUGGCCUGGUGCUUGAUGGCCUGUACGGAACACCACAGAAGGCUCGACAGAGCACUGAACCGGCGCGUGAGAUCACUAUAGUGGAAGGCAGGAAGGUGGAGACUGUGCACGUCAAGAUCCCGAGGGCAGCCCACGCGAGAGAUUACGGUGACUGGGGGACGUGGCAGGCGUGUUCUGAAGGCAACAAGAUCUGUGGGCUUCAGGUGCGACUUCAGAACAACCACCCGCUGGAAGACGAUGCUGGAGUGACUGAUGUGGACAUGUACUGUUGCAAUUAGUGACUGGAUAAGGGAGAAGAGAAGAGAGUUAAGACCGAGAGAGAGAGAGAGAGAAUAUUCAGCCUCUAUAAGGAAGAAGUACAAGACACACCGUAUUGAAAUUUAUACCACACUAGUCACUAAAGUUACUGAAGAUUUUGUAUAGACAGUUAAUUAAAGGUGUGAAUGCUAUGAAUUUUUAGCCUAAAGGAAGAAUUACAAGACACUCACACCAUAUUGAAGUUUUAUAUCAUGCUUGUUACUGAAGAUAUCAUAUAGACAGUUAAUUAAAGGUGUGAAUGUCUUGAACCCACCCUUGAAAUAAAUAUGAAAGGCAUUUUUAGUCAAUGAUACCAACUAAGUGAAGAAGACAAGGAGAUUUAUAGAAGAUUAAUUUGUCGUAAGGUGAAUAAAAUUAUGAGUAUCUUAAAGCCACACCUGCGAUAGAUUAGCUUUGUUAGUGAUGCCAGUACAGGUGUGAAGAGGACAAGGAAGCCAUUUUGAACAUUAAGACCUGCUAUUGUAAAGACGAAUGAUUGAAUUUUGUCAGUGGUGCCAAUAAAGGUGUGAAUAUC